AUGUUCCCCUGCGUCCGCUCCAAACGCUUCAAGAAGCUCCUCGUCCGCCUCUUUCGCAGGCUCGCCGCCCUGUUCAGGGAGAUCCAGGCGGCCAGCGGCGAAUGGAUGAACGAAUUCGUACGGCCGCCCGACGCCCGUCGCGACGACCGCGCCCUUCUGCCCACCGUCGACAUCAUCAAAAGGACCAUCCGACGCUCAUGGACCAUCUCAAAUCCGACGCCUAGAUGGAGCGCGAUGCGCGCGUCGCCCGAUAUGAGGCCGUACAACAGCCUGCCGAGGCGUCGGGACGUCGCCGACUAUCCGACGUUGGCGUUGCACCGGGGCGUCGGCGUCGAGACGCCGACGGCGUGCGGACGUCGUCGGUCGCCGAGGCGGACGCAAUCGGAGGAGAUGUACGACGAGAGGGGCGGCGGCGGGGGCGGCUCGCCGAUCAGGUUGGGGGCGGCGACGGCGCGGAGGAGAUCGCCGAAGAUGAUGAUGAUGAUGAUGAUGAAUAACGCGGACGCGUGCAGCAGCGAGGAGGGUAGCUCGAAGGAGGAGGAUAGCCCGAAGGCUAAACGUAUGCUGACGCCGGACGCUCUGAGGAAGUACGAUCGAUUCCAGGCGGAGAAACAUGUGAGUUUCGAUAGUACCGCGUCGAACGCGAGACACGCGGUACUAUCCGAGAACCGGCCUUCGACUAAUAGGAUUCCGGCCCGUCGACGACAGGAAGAUUGUUCGAAUAGUUCGGAGGAGUUAACGACAGUUCAACACGAUAGGGCGUCGAACGGCGCCGGCGUCGCCGCCGAUACCGCUCAGGAGGCGUCGGGACGUCCGUGGGAGGCGGCGAUGGCGCCCGACGGCGACGACUACAGGCUGGUGUUCGUCAGCUCGUCGGACGGAUCGUCGAAGGAGGAGACGUCGUCGUCGAAGGACGAGGACGACAACGAUAGCUCGUCGACGGCGUCCAGUUUUCCGAUAGACGAAUGCGAUUGGGAUUAUUUCGAGCCGGGCGCCAGGCCGGGCGCCGCAGCCGCCGCUGCCGCCGCCGCUGUUGUCAGUUGGAGUCCGCCCGUCGGGUCGCCGUCGGUUUGCAGAAGAUCAGGCGCCGCCGCCGCCGACGAGCCGCCCAUCGAUUCCCCCGCGUCUCCUGACGGGGUACUACACCAGCACGUACCGCCCGACGACCGCCCGGCCACGCCGCUGAAAGGCCACGACGACCCGUCGUCGUCGCGACGCCUCUACGUCGAGCAAUCGUGCCGCACGUGCGGCGCCACCUCGCAAUUCAUCCCCAUACCGGUACCGGUGCCGGUACCGUUUCCGGUACCCGCCCUGUGGCGGUUGCGCGUACCGCCGCUCGGCCUGCGCUCCUAUCUCGCCCAAGCGGCGCUCGCCUGGACGACGCUCGGCGCCGCGACGCCGCCGCCCGCCGACAACGAACGGUACCCGUUGUGCGAACCGCCCGAGGUGGCGGUGGCGGUACCGGUACCGCCGCCUGACAGCGAUUCAUCGAGCGAGGACGGUCGUAGGUCGUACCAGGUGAGCGGUACCGAGCGCGUCAGCGACGAAGAGGGUUCCGUCAUGGAGGACGAUAUGACGUCGUCGGGAGGCGGUACCGGCGGCGGUACCGAUAGCGAUAGCGACGCGGCGGGCGGCGGCAAGACGAAGAGGUUCUCGAAGAUAUUCGUGGUGAACAAGAACGCGUCGAAUUCGUCGUGUACCAGCGGUACCGAUACCAGCGACGACGAUACCGAUACGGAGAUGAAUUGUACCGUGGUACUGGUGAACGUGAAACCGAUCGAAGAGGGCGCCGAUGCGGAGUGUGAUAAUGAUAAUGGCGUCGGCGGGUGCGAGAGGGACGCGACUAGAAGUACCGAAUUGAGCGAGUACUUGGAAUUGUCCAGUCCCGGUUUGUCCGAUGUCAGCGCGGAGUCGGUGAAUUCCAGCGAUCUGGAGCAGGAGAAGGUACUGCACGGUAAUUACCAGGGAACGAUUGCUGGUAGUAAGGAUAAGGUAGUACCGGACGAUUCUGUUGAUCCCGGAAUACCGACGAACGUACAUUUAAGCCAAUAUGAUGUUAAAUUAAUGACUGGUAAUUUCUUGAAAGAAGAAACUUUAUCUUUUAUAGAAGAUUGUAGUACUGGUCCAUUGGAAAAUUCCACCGAAGAGGCCUUUGAAUCGCAAAAUCACGAAGAUUCCAAUUUUUAUCCAUUCAAAUCGCCAAACUUCGAUUGUACAAACCAAGCAACACCAGCCUACUGCGCGAAAGAAAUCACCAAAAAUUUCCUAGAAGUAGAAAGAAGUACCGCAAACGUCAUUGCUAACGAGGAACCUCUUCAAUACGAAUCGAACGAUAUUGUAGAUUCAGAAUCGAAGUUUUCAACGUUUUCAACGGUACUCGAGAAAGUUGAUGAAUCUCCGGAGCCUAAGCAAAACGUCAGUAGUGACGCAAUCGAAGAAAUUGUUAGUACCGAUAAUAAAUCAGUAUCAUUGUUAACUUCUCCAGACGAACCGAUUUUGGAUGAGAAAAAUGUGGAAAUGUUAGAUUUAAGCCAAGAAGAAGGUACUGUGAGUAGUCCUGUCGAGAAAACGAGUAGUACUGAUAAUAGAAGAGAUGUAGUACCUUCGUUAAUAACAUUAGAAGAGUUGAAUCAUGCGAUAAAAUCAGAUUUCGAUGAGGAUAAUGUGGAAAUGUUGGAUUUAGGGCAAGAAGAUGAUACUAUUAGUGGUACUGUUGAGAAAACGAGUAGUACUGGCAGUACAAAAGAUGUAGUACCUUCGUUAAUAACACUAGAAGAGUUGAAUCAUGCGAUGGAAUCAGAUUUCGAUGCAGAAGCGUGUGUAGGAUCGAAUUUGAAGGAGAUAGAUGGUACUAACCAUGCGAUAAUUGAGGAAAAUGGUAACGAAACGAGUACGAAUGUCACCCAGAACGACGUAGUACCUUCAACAAGCGAAACGAACGAUCCAAACGAAUCGUUUGAGAAUUCCACCGCGUUAGAAGAAUCGCCCGAUUUGAAUCAAAUCGAUGGCGAUUCGAUCGAAGAAAAAAACAGUACCACCGACGAUCACCCGACGCCUUCGUUAAUCUCUAUCGACGAGAUAAUUGCAACGGCCGAUAAACAUUCGUCCGAUUCCGGUACCACCGUCGCGGAAAACCCGGACAGUACCGAUAACAGCCCAACAUCGCCCGCUUCAUUUCCAGCAGUCGCGCGCGAAAAUUCGCCGGAUCGAACGAUCGCCGGUACUAACAGUACCGCCGUCGACGAUGGUGGUACGCAGCGCCCUCUCGCCCGCCACGGGCCGGAGAUCCGCUCGGUCGAGGACCGCGUACGAAAGCGUGACAGCCCGCCGGAGGGGAACCGCCUCGACGGUACUACGCGAUCGUCCGGUACGCGGCCAGUCGUUGGCGAACCGUCGUCGGGCCGGUACACCAGCCUAGUGAUGAUAACGCGCGACGCGCCGCCCCGACGGCACCGCGUCAGCGUCGUGACGUCCGAAACGACCACCGUCACGACGUCGAUGACGUCGAAAGAGGGAGACGACGGCGAGGACGCCGCGACGGAGGACGUCGCCGCCUCCGCCGGCGGCGUCGUCGUGGUGCGGCAUACGAACGGCAGGGAGACGAGCGACGGUACUUUGGACGGGUACUAUGCGAACGGUAUGCAAGACCGUCGAGACGGCGACGGCGUCCGCGUCGUAACGGGCGCCGAGACGCUGUCCGCCUUCGAAGAGGGCCUCGCCGACGACGACUCCUGGGUGGAGAAUCUCAGCCACAACGACGAAGAAGAAGAAGAAGACGAAGACGAAGACGAAUUCGCGACGAAUUCGGGCACCGAAGACUCGUCGUCGGGCGACGAGGUGACGCUCACCUGCUCAGCCGCCGCCGCCGCCGCCGAUCGCGAAGAGGACCUGCGCGGGUACCACCGCGCCGCCAUCGAUUUCACCCUACACACCAUCGUCGAGGAGAGCUGCGAGGAGAGCGAACCGGAGCCCAAGCAGGCCCGCCCGCCGCCCACCGAUCUCGAGAAGUACUUCUUCUUCGACAUCGGCGCCGCCGCCUCCGAGGCGACGUCUCGCGAGGACAAUUGCUCGGAGACGAGCAGCAUCUACAGCGAAGGCAUGGAGUCGAUCGGAUUCGGCGAUGAUGCGCCGAAUUGCGUCGAGGAUAGCGCGGAACCCGUGGAAUUGGCCUCGUCGCGGUUGGAGAAGUACUUCCUCAGCGGGUUCAUGGGAUUCGCCGGCGAACGGAGGGACUCGGACGGCAGCGUCGGCAGCGACAGCGAGGGCAGACCCAGCCCCGAACAGAGGAGGAAGCGAUUGGUGCGCGCUAGAGGUACCGGUCGAUCGCAUUCCUCUUCGUUGGACAAUCUAGUGGACAGUACUGUGAGUGAACAAACGAUCGAAGCGCACGCCAGCUGCGAGGACCCGUCCAGUUCGGACGACGAACACAGCGACAACGGUUCGGAGAAGUUCGACGGGCAAUUCGAUACGAUCAAACGGAAGAAAUCGAAGAAACCGAACAAAGGUACGCCCGUCGACGAGUCGAAGAACUCCGGGAUGGACGAGGACGGUUGCGAAACGCCCCAACCUACCGAGGCUCAAUCUAAUUUAGUCACCGCUAAGAACCAACAGAGCAGGGAUAGCGGCUUCGUCGGCAGCUGCGACGAUCUGGUGCGCGAACAAAAAGACGCCGGCGGCGCCGCGCCCGACGUCCAAACGAUCGCCAAACCCGAUCUGGAGGACAUCAAAGAGGAGAAGAAACACGAGGAGAAACCCGUGUAUUCACUCUCCCUACCGCCCACUACAUCUCUAACGCGCAAAGACAGCUUCAACAACUGGUCGUCGGACGAGGAGACCAAUCUGAUGAUGUGCAAGAUGCGCCAGUUUUUCAAAACAAUGGUGGCGAAACCGAGCGUCACGCAGAAUGCGCCGAACGCGACCCCGCAUCGCGCCGAAAUCGCCGCCACAAAGCGCUCCAAACCGCCUCAAUUGGUCUACUUCGAAAACGAGCUGACGCGUUUGAUGAAAUCGGUGCCGGGCAUCCGAGACGAUCAGGUGCGCGAGAUCGUCGAGUACCUGAGCAGCGAGGACGCCUGGAGCGAUUCGUACGAUUCCUCCGACUACACCAGCUCCGAUUUGGAGGCGACCACGUCGCAACAGACGGCCCUCCAACGGCAGAUAUCCGACAGCUGUAAGCGCAUCAUCGACAAAUUCGACGCCGCGACCGUCGACGACGAGGGCGACGAGGGCGACGGCGGCAUCGCCGACGGCUCGAACAAAGAAACCGCCUUCGUCUACCAGAAAUUGGUGGCGUCGUUCGGGAAAAUGGUGGACGCGACGCCGAUCGCGACGACGGCGCACAAUUCGCCGCCGUUGAUAGCGAAGGUGAUGCACCACAUCGGCGGCCGCUUGGUGGCGUUGAUGCACGAGGUGUCGAGCGGCGAAAGCCACGCCGGCGGCGGCGGCGACUCGCCCAAGACGAAGCACUACCACAGGCGGUUGCAGCACAAGAUAUCGUCGGCGUCGAGCACCACCACCGAGGAUGAUUCGACCGAAUUCCGCGCCGACGAAUCGCCCUACAAGCACCCGUCGUUGCCGCGCAGCAAAUCGCACGAUCUGCUGGUGCACGAGACGCGCGGCGGCGCCGGCGCCCAAUCCGGCGACGCCGUCGAAGAGAAGGAGGCCAGCGAUUGCGAACGGUUCAGCUGGCGCGGCAGCUUCGAAUCGGCUCUGUUGGCGAGCGAUUCGCGCAACCGAUUGUCUUUAUUGGAUGGUUCGGCGUCGGGUUCGGCGCUGGCGAUCGCCGCCAAACGUCGUUCGGCCGGCGAUCUGUUGUUCAGCCACACGAAGAGCCUGAGUCGCGAGCAAUUGGACAGAGUGCGCAGCUGCGGCAGCAUCGGCGCCGAAGACGCCGGUAGAUCGUGCUGGGCGCGGCCGAACCGGCGGCGGUCGAGCGUACCGGACGCGGCGAGUUGCGGCGGUUCGGGCGGUUCGGCCGACGACGAAGACGGCGACGGCGACGCCGGCGGGGGGCGGUCGACGUUGCCGAGGAGUUUGAUGGCGGGCGGCGUCGCGACGACGACGACGAACUCGUUGCCGAGGUUGCCGACGGGCGGGUGUUACCAGAAGGGGGCGCAGUCGGCGAUGAACGCGAAGAGCGCCAGGUACAGGCCGCCGGGGUUCGGGCGGUUGAUGGCGGCGGCGCCGAAGCGCGCCGUCUCGGCGCCCGGUUUGCAGCCGGUGCAUCAGAGGAGAGGCAGGCGGUCGCAGCUUUGUAAUGUUCCUGACGGUGAGUUUCGGUUGGGGUGUCUGAUGGGGGAAAUUUAUGGGAAAAUUCGUGGGAAAUUCGAGAGAGCGAUGAGACACGAAACGUACCACACGUUCGGUACCGGCAUCGAACAACUCGACGACGAAUAUUGUUGUUGUUGUUGUUGCGGCAUUUCGGCCAUUUUCAAAACGAUUUUCCGGCGUUGUUGUCGGGGAAAAAGCGCCGACGACGAAGAAGUCGACGACUUGGAAUGCGCCUUGGUCGAUUACGUGCAGGAGGCGAAAGAUUGCGCGCCCGACGAUAAGCGACCCGUGCGAAUAAUCGUUUCGAAACGGGAACUGUUGGAUCGUCGGAAUUUGCGGAAUAACGCGGAGAAUGGAACCGAAAAAAAAACGGAAAAUUCGGAAAAUGACGAGGAAAACGCGAACGCCGAAUCUAAAGAAUUCGAACAAAUAAUUAACGAUGAUAACGCGCCGGCGGAAAAUUGUUCUAAUACACCCGAAAUCCAAGACGAAGCGGGCGUCGUCGAAGCCCACUCGUCGCCGAUGCUCGCCUCGUCGACGCCCAAAACGGCGCCGAAGAGCGCCAAACUCAGCCCGGCGUCGUCGUCGGCGGGCGUCCGCCGGACCGCCUCCAAGGCCAGCCAAGAUUGGCACAACGACGACGAUUUCGAGCGAUUGGGACACGCCAGAUCCAGUCUAUCUACUCUCGGCGCUCGUUCCGAUUCGAUGGCCAGCGUUUAUUCGGGAGCGGGCGAGGGCCGGUACGGUACUGUAGCGGUACGCGGUCAAGUCGAAUUCGGUCUGCAGUACGACUACAAGGCGGGCGAUUUGGAGAUCCAGAUAAAGCAAUGCAAAGACCUGGCGCCGGUCGAUACCAAGCGAAACCGAUCGGAUCCCUACGUCAAAGUGUACCUGUUGCCCGAUAAAUCGAAGAGCGGCAAACGGAAGACCAAAGUGAAGAAGCACACGUUGAAUCCGGCGUUCGACGAGUGCUUGAAGUUCCACACGAGCCUCGCCGAUUUGGAGACGCGGACGUUGUGGUUGACCGUCUGGCAUUCGGACAUGUUCGGUCGCAACGAUUUCCUCGGCGAGGUCGCGAUGACUUUGGAGAACAAAGUCUUCGACGAUCCGACGCCCCGGUGGUACCAGCUCCAAGAGAGGACCGAACCGUUCGAGGAAGUACCGACGUACCGAGGCGACGUGAUCGUCUGCCUGAAAUUCGUACCGCCCGACAUGACGUUACCGAAGAAGGGCAAACGUUCGAGGGGCGCUUUGCACGUUUUGGUCAAGGAGGCGAAGGCCUUGAGCGCCGUCAAGGCCAACGGUACCUCGGAUCCGUUUUGCAAAAGCUACCUCCUGCCGGACAAAGGUCGAAGCUCGAAGCAAAAGACGCCGGUGGCGAAGCGUUCGGUGAAUCCCGUGUGGAAUCACACGUUCGUCUACGACGACGUGACGUUGCAGGAAUUGUCCGAGAGAUGUCUGGAGUUGACCGUUUGGGACCACGAUCGAUUGGCCAGCAACGAGUUUUUGGGCGGCGUGCGAUUCUCCUUGGGCACCGGUAAACAUCACGGUAAGCCGGCCGAUUGGAUGGACUCGUCGGGCAGGGAGCUGUCUUUGUGGAAGGACAUGCUGGAGAAGCCGAAUUUCUGGGUGGAGGGCGCCCUGUCGUUGCGCUCCACGUUGGAGACGCGCUGCUCCUAGCUGGAUAGAUGAAUUAAUUUUAGUUGUGUAAAUCGCGAACUGAUUUUUUGUUAACAAUAAAUGAUCUGAUGUAUCGGUCGGGGCGCUUAUUCGCUCGUCGCUCAAAUAAUCGAUUAAUGAGUUAGUUAAUGAAUUGAAUCUGCGCCGGUGAAUGAAAUUCGCGCGUACAUAUCGUUUCGUUAUGAUGUAAUAUGCGGAUAAUGAAAUUGUAAAUGAAUUUUAGUAGGAGUAAUUCUUCUUCUUCUUUUUUUUUCUUUGUUAUAUUUUGUUUAUUUUUUAAUUUGUAUAGGUACUAUACCAACGCCUUUUACUAUUAAUUAUUUUUACUAACAAUACUAUAUAUUUUCUUAUGAUGAAUGAAUAUUAUAAAUGUUUUAUUGUAAACGAGUACACAA